AACAGGCAUGUUAUUUACCUAUUUUCUUAGUUUUUUAAGGUUAUAAAAAUUAAGUUUAUUGAGUGUGUAGUUCCUGUACAUUGUUACUUUAAUGCUUAAUUUUAUAUCAUGGAUAUCGUUAAUGAAAUUUUAUUGAACGAGCAAAAGAAAGCUGAAAAAUAUAAGCCAAUAACUGUUGAUAAGCAUCUGGAUUUGGAAUUCGACGUGGGCACACUUCUUGCUUUCGAUUCCAACGAUGUGGACACAAAAUUACUGAAGUCUGACAAAGAUGUAUAUUUACAAUCACUUACCCGAGAUAACACCCAGUUACUCUUGAACAAAAUAUGGGAGUUGCCCACUGAGAGAAUUGAUGAAGCUAUAGUAGUGCGGCUGCCACUUCCAACUACAGUAUUGCCUCGCGCUAAGCCAGUUCCGAAACCAAGACCCUUGACAAAAUGGCAAGAGUUUGCAAAGGCCAAAGGUAUCACAAAAAAGAAGAAGGACAAAUUGCAGUGGGAUGAACAAUUACAGAAAUGGGUACCUCUUUAUGGAUUUAGAAAGGCAGCUGCAGAAAAAGAGAAAAAUUGGCUAAUAGAAGUCCCACAAAAUAUGGACCCUAUGACAGAUAUGUAUGAGAAAAAGGCGUCUGAAAAGUCUGAAAAAGUGGCAAAGAAUGAGUUACAACGGUUGAAAAACAUAGCUAGGGCUAGGAAAGUCAAAAUACCCAGGGUGGGCCUGCCAGUUACAUCUGACAAAGCAUCUGCAACACAGUUAGCUACAGCAGCAACGGUCGCCAAAGCGUCGACAGCAUCCCUCGGUAAAUUUCAAGACAAAUUGCCAAAAGAGAAGGAAGCUCGGGGUAAAGGUGUGCACGAACUCAUACCCGGCAAGGAGAGGAAGCGAAGAGCACCUAUACCUACUCCACAAGCAGAGAGAGAGAAUAACCUUAAUCUUCUUGACACUAUUUUGAAUAAACGACCCAAGAUUGAUAUGGAUAAAGCUGUAGCUAAACAUAUUCACAAUGAACAAGCAAUGAGGUCAGAAGAAAAGAAAAAUUUGAAACCGUCUAAAGGCAAGCGUAAGGGCAAAGGCAACUCUACAAACUUCUCAGCAAAGAAGCCAAAAGCUGGCAGAGGUCAAAGGAAUCCCAGUAAGAAAACUCCUGGCAGAAAGAGGAGAUAGUUAUCAAACAUUUUAAUAAAAUCUGUUAAAUAUAAUUGUAAUUUAUCUUUAUUACGUUCUGGAGCCAAAUGGCUUAUAUAAAUGUAUAUUAUUUUGAUGUCUGUGUACAUUAUAACGUUUUAAACUAAAGUCCAAUUUGUAAAUUAAAAAACUACAGAAAUAUGUAGAUGAGUAAUAAAAAGGGUAAAUAAACAGACACAAAUAAUAAUUGACGGUUUUUU